AUGACCGACUCAAUGAAAGAUUGUUAUCUUGUUGUAAAGAAUGUAUCAGUGAUCAAAAAUAUUGGAGGACAGAACAAAACCGUCUUUGUAGAGACAAAUGUCACGGAAUGCCCUCAAACUCUAGCACUGAAAAUUCUUACUUUGAAUGGAUCUCCGCUCCAAACACCGGAAUGGAUAAAUAUAUCUAUAGAAGGUAUGAAUGUUUCAUUGCCCUUAUACGGGGUUCGUGGCAAUAUUACAGUUGAAUCAGAUGCAGUCUUGGGUAUCGUAUUGCCUACAGAGUUCAUCAAGCUUCAGAAGGUUGGAGCACUUUUUCCUGGAGCAAAACUUUUGGUCAAUCCGACUUCAGCCGGCGUGUUAGUGAACAUAAGUCUUCAAUUCCAGGCAAGCAUGCAGUUUCAGAUCAAUGAUGAAGUUGGUUUGACCCUUCCUGGAUUCUCGGGAGAUUCAGGAAAUGUUGUGAUUUUGUCUGACUAUGCAGAAACAGGAUAUUUCAACAGUAUGAAACACACACUAAAAUUUUCGAUAAGCAAACCAAUAACUGCUUCCUCUAUUGCCCGCUUCGACAUGGUCACUGGCACGACUUUGAAGUCGCCCGUGGAAGGAAUUAGAAAGGUUCAAGCAGACAUAACCAUCGAAACGAACGCUCUGGAUGGCUCUAUCCUACCAAUUGCUGUAGAAUUCGUACAACCGAUUGGUUCAUUUGUGCUCUGCCAAAUUGACUGGCAAGAUGAGCCAAGGGUUGGUCAGCCUGUUGCCUUUGCAAUCAAAUUCAUACCGCGUAUGCAAAUUCUCGUAGACGAAUAUAUAUUUGUUUCGUUGACAUCCUUCGGGUCUGAUACCAUGACAGUGAAUGCUUACCAAAACUUGCAAUGGAAUCCUGGAAGCAGAUUGCUGAGUAUAAGAGUAGUGAAUCCCUUUAGCAAUAACGAACCGGCGAUCAUCAAUGUUUCAAAGCACCUUGGAAUCAAGUUACCGUACAAUGGCAUUGAAAUCAACUCAAGUUUGAUUAAUUUGUGGACAAAUGCGUCAGAGGGGCCAACAGGUGCAACAAGUGUCGAAGUUUUGCAAGCUAUCGGUAACAUCAAAUCGUCCCUUAAACUUCAUGUUGACAGCUUGAAAGGGUAUGUUAAUUUGAACUUCACUUUUAGUCCAUCCUUCGAUCUCACAAGUAGUGAUUCUCUUUUUAUUGCACUUGGAGGCUUCCUGGGUGACUGCGAGGGUGAUCUGGUCCCUUACCUCGCCUUCGACUCCUCCGUCUUUAACCUCUCCUCUGCUCUCUGCAAUACGACAAAUGUUGCUGUAUCUCUGAGCCUACAGAUAGGAUCCGCCAUCCCCAAGGGCACAUCCAUUUCGUUCAUGGUCAGCAAGUCUGCAGGAAUCCAGCUCCCAGCAGCAGGCCUCACAACCUCGGCAGACUUGGACAAGGUGACUAUCCGAGCGGAUGCCAAGGCAGCGUUAGUGUUCGAGACACCCUUCUUGUGGACAGGCGGCAGCAUCCAACGCGUGGGAACCUUGCAGCAGUCAAGCAUCAGGUUUGAUGGCACAGACUGCUCGAGCAUAGAAUUGUCAAGCAUCAGUCAUUCUUGCAUCCGUGCAGGCAGCAUUGUGAAUGUGAAGGCGUCGUUCACAGCUUCGACACCGUUCCAAGCCAAUGAAUCCUUCACGCUGUGUAUGCCUGGCUUCCGAGGGCCGGAAAAUGUCUCGUACAUCUCUCUGACCAACUCGAGCGUCGCGAUCCGGAACAACAGAGCGCUGUGGGACCCUGCCGGGUGUGAUGGGGCAGCCUCACUAUCGUUCGUGUAUCGCGACAGCAUUGCAGCCAACGUGCGGAGCUGCGUGGCGAUCUCGUCUGACGCCGGCAUCAGACUACCGACACUGGGAGUCAGUUAUGCGACUGGAAUUUCUCUCAUGCCGAAAUCUCCUUCCGUUGAUGUCGUUGCCCCUACAUUCGUACAAAGCGUGCAAAGUGUUGGAAAGUUUAUCGUUUCUUCCAUUUCGUUCGAGAAUCCUCAAGCUGGUGCUCGCUCAAGAAUGAACUUGACUCUUGUUUCAAGUUUGGAUAUCACCGCUGAUGCAUUUUUUCAAUUGAAACUACCUUCAUUCGUGGUUGAAGAUACCUCAUACUCCAUUAAUGGCUUCUCGGCAAUCCACAAUGGCAGUUGGUCUAGCACGAGUAGUCUGCUAUCUUUCUCAUUACCAGCAUCAAGCAAAAAUAGCACUGUUCUAGUUCUAUUCAGAGAGGUCCAGAUUCCAAAUGAGGGAUUGACCAUGCGUACACCUAAAUUAGAAAUAGGAACAAACUUUUCAACUAGUGCGGUAUGCUUUGCCGAGAUCAAUGAUGUUCCGGCGAUAUACCAGACAGGAAACUUUUCGUUGUUUGAGAUUUUGUUCAGCCAUCCGCAGGCACUCUCUCACACCAAUAUUUCCAUUCGAUUUCAGGCUGAGAUGACCAUCUUUCCUGGUUCUAUCAUUCACAUUCUUUUCCCCGGAUUUGUGCAUGAAGAUCGUAGCAUAAACGUGCAAAACACACCUUUCAGUGACAUACAAUGGAUUCAAACAGACUCUACAGUGCAACUGAUAGUUGACAAGAUUAUUGACAGCAUGGAAAUUAUCACUAUGGAUAUUAAUGUAAACUUUUUAAUUCCUGGAAUUGGAGUUCAGAAAUGUGGGGUUUUAGUAUUCAUCAAUGCAACUUCCGGACCCAUUCAGCAUGGAAUCUGUCCUCAGAUUAAUCCGAUUGGCGCUUUCUUGCACACGAACAUGAGCUUUAUACCAGCUGCAGCAGGAAAAGAAGUUGAAAUAGGGCUUCAAUUCAAUGUUCAAAUGAAAAUACGGCCAGGAGAAAGCAUCUUCUUGAAGUUACCAUCCUUCAUGCGUAAUACGCAGAAAUUGAAUGAGACUUAUGGACUGACUUGGAAGCACGUUGGACAAAAUCUAUCAACUAUUGAAGGUCAAUGUAUCCUCGCAUCAUGGAAUAGCAGCUCGUACCUGCUCCGACUUGAAGUCUGUCUUCAGGACAUCCCCGCAAAGGCCGAUGUAGAGAUUGUGAUCCCUAGCUCAUUCGGGCUUCGACUGCCGUCGUUGGGCCUCAUGCAGAAUCAAGAAAGUCUGAUGAUCUCAUGCGAUGCUGAGGCUGGAAAGGUACCGCCGACAUCGAUACAGGAGACUUCUGGGGUUGGAUAUUUCACGAGGACGAGCCUAGGCUUCUUGGAUGCGAACGAUCAAGGAGAGCGUUUCGUGCAAGCAGGCAGGGUCGUGCGACUGGUGCUUGAAGUCGAGAUCGGAAUGAAGCUGUACCCAGAUGACGAGCUCGUACUGGGAUUACCCGGAUUUAUGUUGACAGCUACACCAACCGAUCUCACCAUCAACGCAUCGUCAGGCAAUGAGUCCAGCCCUGCUUUCCAUGUGUCAAUCCAACCUGCAUCCAACGAGGUGGUGUUGACAAGCAUCACGGAGGUCGAAGGAAACACCUUCCUCACCUUUGUCUUCCCUUCGACGUAUGAGAUCAUGCUGCCUCAGACAGGCGUCGCACCGAACCAGCAGGACCUUACUUUAGAAGCGCGCUCUUCCUCACGGCCAGUGGCCCCAACACCCUUCGGUACCGUACAGCCAGUCGGCGCAUUCUUGAAUGCGUCGCUAUCAUUCGACCCGCCUGUUGCAGGAUCGAAGGCAAACCUUUAUCUCAAUUUUACUUGUUCGAUGGAGAUAUUAGCCAACGAGUCGAUCGCAGUAAAGCUUCCUGACUUCUCGAGCGAUCUUUCGAGCAUGAUCUUGCAAGACGCUAUCGAGGGAGUGAUCGCAAACGCAACCUGGGACGGGAGUGCGAACCAGCUCACUCUUGUGUAUCUGAAUCACACCAGGAGGAACCAGGGGUUCAGCUUCGAGAUAUUGCAGAUGUUUGUGCUGCCGACACUAGGAGUGAGGAGGAGCUACAACAACAUCAGCGUGAGCACGGAGGCAAGACUUGGCCCUGUUCAUGAGAGCAGACAAUUUGUCGUCAACUAUUUUUCUGUGGUGUUCAACUCAACUUUGGCAUUUUCCAAUCCCAAAGCUUUACAAGUUUCGAACCUCAGUAUCAGCAUGUCGAUGCAAAUGGAUCUGCAAUACCAAGACAGCAUCGUACUUUAUUUGCCAUACUUCAAUCUCAAUACUGUGAACAUUCCACCGGAAAAUGUGGUGAUCGCCGUCGAACAACUGGAAUCAGUUUAUCCUUUAGCAGUUUUCUGGGAUAAUGCAACAAAUAUGCUCUCUUUGAUGGUGAAUGGCUCAAUUCUAGCUGAAUCCUUUGUUGUCAUCAACGUUAUUAGCACAGUAGAUUGUUACGUAACCCUUCCAUCCUGUGGUGUGUCAACAGGCAGCUCAGGGAUCAAAUUUUCAAUCAAAGCCUUUGAUGGUAUUGUUAUGUGGAAAGCUUUUGAUCAUUUGCUUGGCUACAAUUCCUUUUUACUCGGCUCCACUUCAGUGGACUUCCAUCCAAGAAAAGCUGGAGCCGUAGUUGAUUUGAGCCUUCAGUUCCAAACUUGCUUUUCAAUCAAGGAAGGUGACAGGCUAAAGCUAUACUUACCUGGGUUUACUGGUUCUGAGUUAAGUUUGCUUCAAUUGAGCAAUUACAGCUUGCCUAUAAAGCUGAUCACGUGGAAUCCCCUUGAAUAUUUGCUCUCCAUCAUGCUGGCGGAACAUAUUAACACUUCAAAUGUUGCAAUUGCUCCGUUGAACAUUAGCAUCUCACUUCCCGUUGUAGGAAUCAGAUUGCAAACAGAGAUUCUGAUUGGUCUUGAUUCCAUUGAACCGAUCCAACUGGAGCGAAUCGCUCAUGUACCCUUGAUAGGUUCAUUCACAAAUUCGACGACUCUACGGUUCGGCAGUUCCAGGGCUGGUGAGAGGAGCAGCCUUGAGUUAUCUUUCACGGCACAAACGAACUUAAUCGAAAACGAUUGCAUCUAUUUGCAAACCAAGUUUUCGUGGCUGUACAACGGAAGUGGAUGUAACGUUAGUGAAAUUUGGGAUGUUUACUAUCUGGAAAAUCAAAGUAUGCUACUUCUAUGUCUGCAGAAUUUCACAAUCGCAGCAACCGAUUGGGUCUUCAUGACUCUGCCCAUGACAUGUGGGUUUGUCAUUCCAGCUGAUGGUGUUCGAAGCAGUGACCAAAGGAUUCUCAUUGGUUCGAACGCAACUCUCGGGCCUAUCCAGCCAGAACCAUUCGCUACGGUUGCUCCAAUUGGCGCCUUCAUCCUUUCGGCGUUCAUAUACGUUCCACAAAAUCGAUCGAUUCGCUUGAGGAUGAAACCAGCCAUGACGGUUGUCCCGGGCGAAAGCAUCUAUUUGCUCUUGCCCGUCUUUGAUGGCAAAACGAUCAGUAACAUGACCAUCCCAGGUCAACACUGUCUGCGUGCAUCAUGGAAUAGCAGCUCGUACCUGCUCCGACUUGAAGUCUGUCUUCAGGACAUCCCCGCAAAGGCCGAUGUAGAGAUUGUGAUCCCUAGCUCAUUCGGGCUUCGACUGCCGUCGUUGGGCCUCAUGCAGAAUCAAGAAAGUCUGAUGAUCUCAUGCGAUGCUGAGGCUGGAAAGGUACCGCCGACAUCGAUACAGGAGACUUCUGGGGUUGGAUAUUUCACGAGGACGAGCCUAGGCUUCUUGGAUGCGAACGAUCAAGGAGAGCGUUUCGUGCAAGCAGGCAGGGUCGUGCGACUGGUGCUUGAAGUCGAGAUCGGAAUGAAGCUGUACCCAGAUGACGAGCUCGUACUGGGAUUACCCGGAUUUAUGUUGACAGCUACACCAACCGAUCUCACCAUCAACGCAUCGUCAGGCAAUGAGUCCAGCCCUGCUUUCCAUGUGUCAAUCCAACCUGCAUCCAACGAGGUGGUGUUGACAAGCAUCACGGAGGUCGAAGGAAACACCUUCCUCACCUUUGUCUUCCCUUCGACGUAUGAGAUCAUGCUGCCUCAGACAGGCGUCGCACCGAACCAGCAGGACCUUACUUUAGAAGCGCGCUCUUCCUCACGGCCAGUGGCCCCAACACCCUUCGGUACCGUACAGCCAGUCGGCGCAUUCUUGAAUGCGUCGCUAUCAUUCGACCCGCCUGUUGCAGGAUCGAAGGCAAACCUUUAUCUCAAUUUUACUUGUUCGAUGGAGAUAUUAGCCAACGAGUCGAUCGCAGUAAAGCUUCCUGACUUCUCGAGCGAUCUUUCGAGCAUGAUCUUGCAAGACGCUAUCGAGGGAGUGAUCGCAAACGCAACCUGGGACGGGAGUGCGAACCAGCUCACUCUUGUGUAUCUGAAUCACACCAGGAGGAACCAGGGGUUCAGCUUCGAGAUAUUGCAGAUGUUUGUGCUGCCGACACUAGGGGUGAGGAGGAGCUACAACAACAUCAGCGUGAGCACGGAGGCAAGACUUGGCCCAGCAGUUUCGCGUGAUUUUGUGGAGGGCAUUGGUUACUUGAGCAACAUCUCUCUGAGGGCCGUUCCUCCGAGGGCUGGAUCACGAACGGAUGUUGAAAUUUCGUUUGUCGUUCAUAUGAUGCUCUUACCUGGAGACAUUUUGCAGGUUUCACUUCCAGACUACAUAGUUUCAGGAGUGCAGCAGGUAGUAUUCUCCAGUGGGAACUAUAGUUGGGAACUGUCUCGUGAGGAGGAUUUGAUUCGUUUGCAUCUCAACAGUUCUAUGGGAAUAUAUCCAGAUUCACUUGUAUCAUUUGUCGUGAAUGAGAUGAUAGGUAUUGACCUUGUCGUAAGGAAUGAUACGUUUCCAAAGAUGCUCUUUCCCACUAUUGAAGUGUCAAAAUGUGCAGAUGGCAAAGUGUUGUCGAAGCAAUUUGAUUAUUUUCCCCGCAUAUUUGUCAUUGGAGAUUUCCAGAAUUCGAGUUUGAAUUUUAAUCUAACAGAUGUCAGGGCCAACCAAGCUUGCGAUAUCUGUAUUGAUGUCUUCCCCAUUAUGACGCUUUCAAUUGAUGACCUCGUUGUCGUAAAACUUCCUGGGUUUCAUGGAGAACCAAAUCGCAAUGUGAGCUUCAAUUGCAAACCUCCGGAUCUCAUUCGAAAUAUUUCUUGGGACCCAAUUGCUGAAGAGGUCUCGAUGUUGCUGAAACGAGAAUACUAUGGUAAUAUACAUGCAUGCAUUUUGAAAGAAUCAUUGUUGUACCUUCCACAACGAGGUAUAAGGAUGAAUGAUGAUUCAUACCGUGUGCGCACGAAUGCAAUCGCUGGUCCUGUGAUGGAUAAAGCAAUUCAGUUGGUCGAACCUGUAGGUGCUAUCAAAUAUUCGAGCAUCUCAUUCCGUCAAACCUCAGCAAGUGCUGUAUCUAUCCAAGCGAAUUUGAUUUUCUGGAUGAACCUUUUCGAGCAUAGUUCUCUAGUCCUCUACGCAUAUGACAUGUCACUGUCUGGUGCAAAGGCUUUUAUUGCAGGAGGAGGGUACUCUGAAAGCUCUGUUAACAGUACAUGGAGAACGGACUGUGCAUGUCUGUCUGUUGACAUACCAGAAGCAAUGACUGCUGAAACUAAUGUAUACCUUCGUGUUGAAGGGGACUUCGCGCUCCCAAGCACUGGAAUCUCUAGAGAUGAGCAGGGUUGGAGGGUUGGAGUUCAAUCUGAUGAUGGAAAUAUUCUACCGACCCCAUUCAUCCAUGUUGAGCCAAUCGGACAUGUAGAUGUGGAAAUAUUCAUCAAGAAUGGUUCUUUCACGUUGCAGAGUAUAGAAAUGCAUUUUUAUAUGAAGCUUGAACGUUUCGAAAGGGUUGAUUUGAUAAUCAAGGGAUUUUCAGGAAACUCCACGUAUUGUCAAUACGUCCCUUCACUGCCAGAAAAUGCGUUGUCAACAAUCAUUUGGAACUCUUCUGCUCCACAGAUGACUUUCAUAGCAGAAAAAGACAUACAAGCAGGAACGCUAGUGUCAGUCGAUUUAAGUUCGCUUAGUGUGACAAGUCCUCCACCUGAUUCAAUUGCAGGUUGCUGUCAGAUUUUUUCAUCUGCAGUCGCAGGACCGGUGAACUUCUCACCUGUUCUCGUUACGUUCAGCACAAAGGUCUGGACAGGCACAGCUUUGGGAACCACUAAACCUGUCUUCUCAAGCAGUAGCUCCACUGCAGCCCUUACUUCGGGAACGACCUCUGCAGCAACCUUGUUUGAAAACACGACGACACCGAUAUCAGAAACAGAAAUGCUGGUCACAGGUACAGAGCUUCAAACUACCACACCCUUCAUCUCAAACAGCUCCACUGCAGCCCUUACUUCGGGAACGACCUCUGCAGCAACCUUGUUUGAAAACACGACUACACCGAUAUCAGAAACAGAAAUGCUGGUCACAGGUACAGAGCUUCAAACUACCACACCCUUCAUCUCAAGCAGUAGCUCCACUGCAGCCCUUACUUCGGGAACGACCUCUGCAGCAACCUUGUUUGAAAACACGACUACACCGAUAUCAGCAACAGAAAUGCUGGUCACCGGGACAGAGUCAAAUUUAACCGCACCCUUCAUCUCAAACAGCUCUGUUCCAUCAACAACACCUUCACUGGUUCCUGUUGAUGAAUCAACUGCAGUUCCACGAAUAGAUGUGAUCAUGUCAAAAGAUGGACGAAUAAGCCUCAAGUUGAUCUUUCAGACCAAUGGGAUGAUCGAGAGCAACUCAAAUGCAUCGAUAUACUUCCAAGGUGUUCAGAACCAAUCCUUUCUUCAAAUGACGAUUGAAACAAAUAAUUGUUCUGUGAACAUAUCUGCUAAGUAUGAAGUUCCAUCAAAUGGCUAUUAUUUUGAGUUUCCAUGUAUGACAAGUUCGGGGUCCAAUGUUUCGAUUCGUGUUGCAGAUCUCAGUCUCCUUGCAAGUGGACCGAAUAUAACCCGACUGGGAGCCAGCUUAAUUGCAGAGGUCCAACUCCAAGAUGGCAAAACCACGUCAAAAGAAUACGUCUUCCCUUCAAUAGAUAUUGGAAACAUCAAAUCGUCCCUCAACUUCGGUUCAUCAGCAGCUCUGCUUAUAGAGUUAAUACCGAAUUUUGACAUGCAGAGCUUUGACCUCCUGAGCAUAACUCUUGGGGGCUUCCUGGGUGACUGCGAGGGUGAUCUGGUCCCUUACCUCGCCUUCGACUCCUCCGUCUUUAACCUCUCCUCUGCUCUCUGCAAUACGUCAAAUGUUGCUGUAUCUCUGAGCCUACAGAUAGGAUCCGCCAUCCCCAAGGGCACAUCCAUUUCGUUCAUGGUCAGCAAGUCUGCAGGAAUCCAGCUCCCAGCAGCAGGCCUCACAACCUCGGCAGACUUGGACAAGGUGACUAUCCGAGCGGAUGCCAAGGCAGCGUUAGUGUUCGAGACACCCUUCUUGUGGACAGGCGGCAGCAUCCAACGCGUGGGAACCUUGCAGCAGUCAAGCAUCAGGUUUGAUGGCACAGACUGCUCGAGCAUAGAAUUGUCAAGCAUCAGUCAUUCUUGCAUCCGUGCAGGCAGCAUUGUGAAUGUAAAGGCGUCGUUCACAGCUUCGACACCGUUCCAAGCCAAUGAAUCCUUCACGCUGUGUAUGCCUGGCUUCCGAGGGCCGGAAAAUGUCUCGUACAUCUCUCUGACCAACUCGAGCGUCGCGAUCCGGAACAACAGAGCGCUGUGGGACCCUGCCGGGUGUGAUGGGGCAGCCUCACUAUCGUUCGUGUAUCGCGACAGCAUUGCAGCCAACGUGCGGAGCUGCGUGGCGAUCUCGUCUGACGCCGGCAUCAGACUACCGACACUGGGAGUCAGUUAUGCGACCGGUUUGUACGUGCGGGCUGUUGGUGUAUUGUUGAACCCAGAGUUUACGCAAGUGCAGCAGAUUGGCUUUGUGCAAAAGUUUUAUGUGGAUUUUCAACCUGCAUGGAAGGGCUCGGUGGUGGACGUUCAGAUUGAAAUUGAGGCGGGACCAUGCCUGAAGGCCAACGAUGAAAUCUUCAUUACUUUGCCGCUUGCGGCCACUGAAGCAUCCAGUCUGGUGUGCGAUAAUGUCACCCAAUACUUUUCAAAUUGCUCGAUAAUAAGCCAAGAUUGGGAAUACAACUGUAACAGUCAGAGUGGAGGAGUUCUUGUUCGGCUUGUUGUAUCCCAAAACAUCUCGGGAAAUUUCAGCUUGAGUUAUACGAUACCAGCUUCUUCUGGAAUCCGUUUACUUUCAGAACAGAUUGACGGGUAUUCUAUCAGUUUGCAAAUAGAAUCAAGCAUCUGCGGCCCGAUGUUCUCUGGCAUUUCAAAUGUUUCAUCACUUCUAGGUAACAAUGACUUCUGCGACGUGCAGAUCAGCUUUGUUCCAGCCGCCCUUUACAGGCUAGUUGCAGUGGUUAUCAAUUUUGAUGCGUGUGUUCAAGUAUAUGACGGCGAUACACUUGCAAUUCGGCUGCAGAAUUUCUCGGGAGAUUCCUUCAAUAUCACACUGGAAUCAUCCAUCAAUGUCACAUGGAAUUCGGAGAGUGAAGCAUUACAAAUUGUGUUUCCUCAUCUUUCCUUGGGUGAAAAAAUCAAGGUGGUGACGCCAGCCUCUCUAUAUCUCCCGAAAGAUGGGAUUUCAAGCUUGUCAAAUGGAAUAUAUUUGAACUUCACAUCGGAUAGAAAAACUCUGUCAUUCUUCAGCCAAAUAAAAGUGCAAUUGGUAGGGUCACUCAAAUAUAUUCCUGAGGUGAAAAUGCUACUGUCAGAUAACAAGAUUGCAAUAAGCACGAGUGUCGUUGCUUUGAUGAAUCUCCUACCUCAGGACAAUUUGACAAUCGUACUUCCCAUGUUCGCAGAGGUCUUACAGUGGCCCACCCUUGCGUCAAACAGCAUAUUUUCAAACGUCUUGUGGAGGUCCGAAAAUCAAACACUUACUCUCACUGUUGGCUCAGUCAUAUCAUCUUACACUGUCACAGACAUUGUUGUCAGAUUCAACAACUCCUUUCUGACUUUGCCUCCGAAUGGGCUGGUUCAGGUUUCCAACACCAUUGGUUUGCAGCUGACGUCAGCGUCAGGCUUGUCGUUCGAUUAUUUCCCUCUGACCUUCAGAGGCCUUGGUUUUGAACAAUCGAAGAUCACGUUUUCUCCGCCAAUUGCUGGGAGGCCAACCGGCAUUUCAAUCCGUCUGGUAGCUCAAAGUUUAAUCGCAAAGGGACAAAUGAUAGAAAUAUACUUGGAGGCAUUCACAGGAAGUGACGUGUUUGACCUUCUGGUUACCAGUGACUUUACCGCUCCGAUAUUCUUCUGUUCAUGGAUCAGUCAGGAACGAGCUUUGAAAUGUCCAAUUCAACGAGAUAUCCCAGCGUCAAAUCCAUUCACGAUCCGUUGGCCUGAUUAUGCUGGAGUUGCUUUGCCGGAACAGGGUGUGAACUUCUAUGGGCCAAGAAUGAUCGUGAGUGUAAAUACCGUCAUGGGAUCUAAGAUUUUUCAACAACAAAUCCAAGAUUUCAAUCCUGUUGGUGCAUUGAAAUAUGCAUACAUAGUAAGAAAUGAAACAGACUUCGGCACGUUAUGGAGCUUCGUCUUUAUGGCCUACAUGGAUAUCGAAUCCAAUAGCUCUUUUUCGAUCUAUUCCAGUGGUUAUAAUUCAGGUCUAGACGUUUGCUUCGAUAUGGUUUCUUCGCCUACCAACUUUGUUCAAGAUGGACACAUCAAGAAUUCCACGCUUUCAUUUAAAUCUAUAACCCCAGUUUCAAGGCUGUCAGAGCUCAAAGCCACUCUGUUAGAUCCUCGGGUCUUGGAAUUUCUAGAAGCUGUGCGCAAUGGAAAUCACCUGAUUCUGCUUUCCCUGCUAUCAUCCACUGGCUCUGUUUCUGAUUAUUCCAUGGAAUUUCAAUCAAUUUCGGGUAGGACAAACUCUAGCUCCAGCAUCAAUUCGGCGCAAGUGAGUGUCCGAAUCCAAUAUGAAAAUCCGUAUGCGGAUGAGGGUACAGGAAUUCUAAUCAACCUUGAAACGAACAUUCCUAUUUAUGUCGGGGACGAACUCAACAUUGACUUGUUGGGUUUCGAAGGGUCCAAGGUCUCGAAUUUCAGUGUAGUAAAUGAUGUUGGGGUCGUUCAAUGUGAAGGAUCCUGGAUACAAUAUAGAGAGACCAUCGUCAAUCCUCUCCCUGAGGUGGGAAAUGAGACAUGCUGGCUGAACACUUCGAAGAAUGUGACAUAUGCUGAAUGGCAAAACGUUACCUUGUGGCAACUGCAAUACAAGAUUGUGAAUAUUACGACAUACAAGAAUGUUACGAAUGUACUUGAAUUCGCAGUUUUCAAUCCUGAGGCAGAAGAGUGCGAGAUUGUGUACAAGAAUGAAUCUGUCGUGCAGAAGCAUUUCGAGAUGGUAAAUGUUACUGAGAACGUGUCGGUGACCAUCUUGCAGCCUGUGACCAAAUAUUUUGAGGAUGUCCAGGUAUCGAUGUGUCCACAAAACAAUUUGACCAACAUCAGUGAUGACAAAGUCAUGACAAUCCAGACCCUAAACCGUCUCAGCCUUAAAUUUGUGAAGAAUGUAACCUCAGGAAAUUCGCUACAGCUUCGAAUUCCAGAAACCGCUGGCAUAAAGUUGCCGACCGAAGGCAUUGCAGAAAACGAGCAAGCUCUUGUAGCUUACUUGGAUUCUGCACAAAGAGAAGUGAUUUACAAGGCCGAUGUGUUGCAUUCCUUCCCAGACGUGGGUUCAUUCAGAGAAAGAGUGGUUGAAUUGAGUGGAACUAAGAUUUACAGAGAAUUGGAAGGUAUCUACUCAAGGCAAAGAUUCACAUGGAAUCUUAGCUCGGUUUACGUGAGCAACGACAGAAAGUCUUGUAUCGUCUCUUGUGGUCGCUACCUUUCUGUUUCCAAAGAUUGCAAUUUUGCGAUAGGAAUCAACUGCCAAGACGUUGUGCUGCGUAGCAAAAUGGACUCCGAGCCCAUCCUUUUUGCAAACAAUCAGUAUCAGGUUUCAAAACCUCCACGAAGAUCAGCCUUGCUUCGAUUCAGUGAUGAAGCAAAACCAGGCAUCGAAGGUGCUCGAUCACACGACCUGAUGAUUGCAGGAAACAAGUCAGAAUUGUUUUAUGCUAAGUGGGGAAGAUCUUGUUCAGACUCGUCAUUUAUUGUUCUGAUUGCGAAAGAAAAUACGUACAUUGCACCAGAGGAGGAUAUAGAAUUGUACGUUUCUGCGAUCCAGAACAUAUCACUCCCUUUGAAUGGAAUUACUGAGAAUUCAGGAAUUCAAAUCAUUCUUCGACUCACUACUUAUCCUAAAUUUGCGAUCACUGUGGUUCCAAAUUUUUUGCUCGUAUCACAGGCUUCGUCUCUGUCACUGGAUUUUAAUCCCAAAUCGCCUGGAAAUCCAACGACCAUGUACCUUUCUGUGAUUCUGACACAAGAUUUGCGACCCAACGAUAUUAUUUUGUUGCAACUACCUGGGUUUCAGAUUCAAAAUUCAUCAUUAGCGUUCACCUUCUUCUCGAAUCAGCAGGCAAACUUUGAAGCGAUGGUGGCAGACGGUGAAAGAGUUACUUUGACCAGCUUGCAGUCCUUUGCAAGUGGCGAAAGGAUUGAGUUUCCGACCUCACUAAAGCAAAUCUCGGACACUUUGAAUUUGUCAUCAAUGCCUUACAAGUUCGAAGAUCCAUUGAGAAAUCUGACACAGAACACUUUGACCUUGAAGAUCAAUGAGACUAUACAGAUUACAGAAGAGAUUUCAGUAUCAACACUAGUUCUUGCAGCAGCUGCCCAAGACAGAUUUCAAUAUUCAUUGAAUCUGUCAAUUAGCUCCAUAAAUGGUAAUAUCGAUGCUUAUGAGCUCUCCUUCUUAAAUCAAUCCGGGCUCUUACCUGCUAGACCUUUGAAAAUCGAGAUACUGGAUUCCCGCAUGGUAAUUGUACCUCCGAUGCAAGGAGGUGUAACACAAUCGGACAAUCUUCAAAUCAAUGUCUUGACCAAAACAUGGGGGUUGUCAUCAUGGACUGUUAUCCAAGAACUUCAAGCUGUAGAUUCUGUGCUUUCAAAUUCAGUGCUGUAUGUACUUCCACCACAUGUAGGUAAAGUCAGGGCUUUGCAGUUUUCAUUCAUGGUGAUGACACCAUACUUUUCACGGGGUGUUCUGAAUCUCACUGUCCCUGUUCUCAAUGCUUCAAUUCUGAAUCAGACCAAGAAUAAGUUUAUUGCAUUCAGCGAUCCACCUGGAAUUGUUAAUCCAACCGCAAGAUGGCAUGAUGACAAGCAGACAAUCGAGAUCGUCUUUUUACAGGGAAUCUCGUACAACUCCGCUGUCCGAAUUGACCUGAUCCCAGAAUUUGAAUGUACGACGAUCGAGGAAGGGCUUACCUCUGUCAAUAGAAAAUAUGUGACAUUCCAAAAGGGCGAUGUGAUCACCAAGAUCCGUCAUUCAAAUGCUUUUGGAUUCCUUCUGAACCUUGCCAUGAAAUUUGUGAGCGAUCCAAGCUUUUCAAAGAUCAAGGUAACUUUUCAGCCGGUCAUGAACAUCAUGGCAAAUGAAAGCAUAUCAAUUGGUCUUCCUGCAUUCAAGUUUUCAGUGCAAGAUAUAAGCGUUACAGUUCAAAAUGGACAUCAGGCAAAUUUUUCGUGGGACCAAACCGUGGAAACAUUUGUCGUAAUAAAUCCUAUUGAUUUGAUUGCAUUUACGAUCUGUACGGUAGAAAUCUCUGGCACUGGAGUUCUUUUUCCUCCAUUUGCUAUUGUUGCAGAUGACGAUUCUUUCUUUGCUUCAUCAGAUGCAAAGGAUGGUCCAGUAUCCCAACAGCCAUUUCACCAUGUGGAACAAGUUGGAGUUUUCAUCAGGAGGCCGAAAGUCACAUUUGAUCCUCCUUUGGUUGGCAUGAAUGCGAGAAUGAAGCUGGAUGACAUGCUCCUCAACAUCUCUUUGAAGUCCAAUGAUAUAAUCACGGUUGUCCUUCCAGGCAUUUUUGCUAAGGAUUUUGAUAAGGAGAUUGUGCAAUUCAAUGAGUUGAACUUUUCAAUGUCUUGGUCACAAGAUUGCCCACAGAACACGCUCCGAAUUGUGACCUUACAAGAAAUCUCAGAAGGGACAAACAUCGCUGUAGUCUUUCCACAAACGAACAACACCAAAUUUUUUGUUGCACAAAGAGUCAUACAUGAAAGGAUGAAAGUGCAUGUGAACACUAUCAGCAGUGCAUCUUGGACGUAUAGCAACGAUGUGAUGAUUGCUGCAAAGGCUGUAGUGCCGACAUUAUGGGGUUCUCUGAAAUUUGACCCUGCCGUAGCUGGUGAAAAGACGACCGUAAAUGUGCGAGUCAACCUUCUUUCCUCUCUCGAGCUGUUUGACUUGGUCAGCAUCUCUCUCCCUGGCUUUUCCCUUGGUGCACCUUUCGAGUUGAGUGGGUCGAAUUGGAGUGCCGUACAGUACCGCGACGGAAAUUCCUUGAACAUAGCUGCACUCGUCGACAACAUCGGGGAAGGGCUUGCUACUGGCAUUUUAGACUUGCUGGUUCCUAAAACAGGCGAGCUGAUAAUUCCUGGUGUUGGCAUUCCAAAAGGAACUGAAGCCUCUCUGACUAUAAAGAGAUUCGGUAUAACUAUGCAGGAAACGUACAUAUCAAUGAAUCCUAUAGGCUCAUUCAGCAACACUUGUCAUUUGAGCUUUUUCCCAAAGGAAUGUGACAACUUUGUCGGGAUCGAGCUCCAAUGCGUCCCUGAAAUGAACCUACGUAAAGGAGAUCAACUUCUAUUAGCUCUUCCUGGAUUUUCAGUGUCACAAACCAACAGUUCAAGUUCAUUCACUUGGAAUGCAUCAUCAUCAGUAAUUGUCAUUUAUUUGGAUCAAGAUGUAAAUGCGCACAAUCUCAUGUCCAUUACUUUGCCGCAAUCCUCGGGUAUUCGUUUACCGCCCUCUUGUGUGGUCACAAACCAAUCUGAUAUCAAGAUUUCUGUCCAUUCUGUGAAUUCUUUGAUUUUGUUCACCACUAUUCCCAAUGUUGAAGGCGUUGGUAUGCUAAACAACACAAGAAUGCUUUUCAAUUAUUUACAUUUGAAUGAGCCGACCGAUAUCACUUUGUCGUUUGAUACUUCAAACAGACUGGUAAACGGCGAUUCAAUCCAACUGGUGUUAGAGAACUUCAGGCUGUCGAGUCAGCCUGGAAAGAUAGUGUACACAUCUGAACCUGAUGUGAUUGGCGAUAUAUUUGCUGUCAGCUAUGACCCUCUCACCCUGAAACUCCAGCUUUCAAGCGAUUUACACGCGGGUGAGAACCUCACUAUCGUCAUUCGGAGACAGUCCAUGAUAGUCCUUCCCCGGCAUGGAAUCCUGAGUGAGAAUGGUAUCAAGAUCAAAUUGGAUGCCCGAUAUGGUUCUGCCGAUUCGCGAACAAUCCAGACCGUGCAGAAAGUUGGGUUCUUAAACCACACUACGAUUUCAUUCUACCCAGCAAAAGCCUCUACUAACAGUGAUGUCUUGAUCGAAUUCACUCCUUUCAUGGCUUUGUUCCCCAGCGAUAUGAUUGUAAUGGAACUUCCAGAUUUUGUAGGAGACGAAAGUCUGAUUUCUUUGACUACUCAUGGGCUUGUCUCAGGCUUUCAGUGGUUGCAACUUUCGCAGACCUUGUCGUUCACAGUUUCGAGCGAGGUGGCACCUUUUACCCGAAUUUCAGUGAAUAUUUCCAAAGGUUUUGUUCUGCCUGCAAGAGGAGUGCGACUGAAAGAGAAGGUGACGAUCAAAUGCUAUGCGAGAACAGGCAACACAGCUGCAGAACGACUUGACGUCAUUCAGGCUGUCGGAGCAGCCAAGUCUACAAGUUUGGCAUUUUCACAAAUAGUUGAGGGGGUUUCAACGUCAAUCUACGUCACUAUCACCACCUUCAUGAAAGUAACACCGGGCGACAGAAUCAAACUUACCCUUCCGAACUUGCAUUUGUCCGAUGGUAAUGCUCAAGCAGCCAUCUAUUCAAGAGUUUUGAUUCAAGGAGAGCUAGUUGAUAGAGUUGUCAGCAAAAACAAGACAGUGAUCAAAUACGUCAAUCGUUCGUUACCUUCAGACAACAGGUGUGUUGUUGUACCAACAGAAGUGAACAGCAGCGAAACAGUCUAUCUUACAGAGCAAUUUCAAACUAGCGACAGAAUUGAAGAAUAUACGACCUACUUGCAGAACUUGUCCGUUGUGAAUGACGUAUUGACGCUGAUCUUCCCAUUUGCAUAUGCUCCAAAUACAAGCUUUGAGAUCAACAUUACUGGUUUCCUGUUUCCUGGCGGCAAAACAUAUGACCGGAACGCGUUUGCGUAUGAGAUGCAAUGCAAAGAGGGACCAAUUCCAUCUACAACGUUCGAAUCUGUCCCAUACGUAGGUUAUUUUACGAAGGCUAACAUGACUUUCUACAACGGAAUAGCAGGAAAAAUCAGUAAUGCUGCGCUACAACUUCAAGCAAGCAUGACUCUGAGGAAGUCAGAAACCCUUUUGAUUUACCUCCCUGGAUUUGCAGGUGAUUCAAGGGCAGAUGUCGACGUUUUGCUUGCUUCUUCUUUCAAGGUCAGACUGCUCGGAUGGAACAAUCAAACUGAGACGCUCUCUCUCACAAUGGCCGACGACGUGCUUGCUCUUGAAUCCUUUGCUUUGGACAUCAUGUCAAUAUUGCGGUUGCCGAUCGAAGGAAUUCGCGUCGGCGAAACUCGAUUUAAAAUCUCAACAGAUGCAUUAGCAGGAGCAGUGUCGUUACAAACGGUAACAUUGCAGGCAGUCGGAUCCCUGAAUAACAGCGAAGUGAUGGUCAUUGAUCCCCCGAUAUCUUCCACGUAUGUUAGCGUCAACGUCUCCUUCACAGCCUUGAUGAAAAUCUCUAAGGAUUCCAAAAUGACGAUCCGAUUGGAUCAGUUCAAGUUGGAUGCUGCUAAGUCUGUUAACUUACCAUUCUAUGGAACUUUGUUCGAUACCGUGCAAUGGGAUAGACAAAGCUCAUCGUUGUCUACAGUCUUUAAGAAUGUCGUUGAGAUCAGGUCAAAAGUCUUUCUAAGCAUUCCACUGAUGGCAGGCAUUUUCAGUCCGAUUGCAGGACUCACAGAGAAUAAGGGAAUACAGAUGUCCAUUGAAGCCAACCCCUAUGGAAACUUGCUUCCAACCUCAUUCGGGACAUUCAAUCGUUUCGGAUCGUUUUAUUCAUCUCCAGCCUUGAAGUUUUGGCCUGCCACACCUGGAAAUGCAGUCUACUUAGAAAUAUUCUUUGUUGCGUCCAUGGACAUCGUUGCCGAUGAGCUUGUACUGAUUCGAUUGCCUGAAUUCACUGGAGGCUAUCAUUCUGAAAGUGACAUCUCGGAUGAGUGGCAGGUGAUGUGGACCGGCACCCAAGAUUUAAUCAGAAAUGGCCGAGGAAUACCUAGUUUUACUGUGGCUCUCGUUGCAAAGAGUUUCAUUACCAAAGAUAGAACUGUAAGUCUUGUCAUUCCUCAGAGUUUUGGAAUCAGACUGCCAAAGUAUGGUGUUUCAUCUGACUAUUCACAAUUCUUCAUCUCUUCAGAUGCUGUUGCUGGCCCCAUCCUACCGUUUCGAAUCACCAACUUCACACCCAUAGGAUCAUUCCUGUCAGGCCCUCACCUGGAAUUCAGCUCUCCUUGCCGAGCUGGAGAAUCUUGUGAGCUGCACAUCUCAUUUCAAACUACCAUGAACUUCACUGAAUGGGAUGUCAUCCAAUUUGUGCUCGCUGAUUUGAAGUCUGAUGUUGGCGAUGGUAAUGUAACUGAACAUUGUGAUGUGAUUGUUCAGAACGUGUCCAAGAGAGAUCAUGUCGACAUUGAGUGGAAAUCUCUCAACUCCACAAUUCUGAUCGUGUUUAAAGCAUCAAUACCAUCACGGAGUAAGAUUGAAUUCGUAAUUUUCAAGUCUAUGCAUCUCAAUUUACCAUUGCAAGGCGUGCGUAGGAAUGACGUGACAUACUUGGUCACAACAAAUGCUAGCCUUGGCCCAAUCUCACUCAUCCCUUUUGCGAGUGUGAAUCCGAUAGGUUCUUUCAUGCUUUCAACGAAAAUGAAGUUCUAUCCGCCUGUUCGGCCUGGAUUUCCGGCUGAAAUGGAGUUGAAUCUGGAAAACUUUAUGAGCUUUCAGGCUGGAGAUUCUUUGUUCUUGCAUCUACAAGGAUUCUUUCAGCAGGUAUCAGGUUACAACAUUGAGGUCACGAGCAACCCAACAAAUCUUCUGGCUAGCGUUAAAUGGAUAGCGGAUGCAGAGCUUUUACAACUCAUAUUCCAGCAGGCUGUAUCAAGAAACACAAAGCUUUCGUUCGUCGUUGCUCGCGAUUCUGGUCUAUGUAUACCGUAUGUUGGUGUGAGGAGCAAUGACACAAAGGUAGAAAUCAGCUCGGACGCAUUCGAUGGUCCUGUCAGUCCCACACAUCUGAUAUCUGUUGAGCCUGUCGGUUCAUUCACCAACACUUCCAUGAUUCAUUUUGAUCCUGCGGUUGUUGAUCAGGUGUCGAAUAUCUCAGUUAGUUUCCAGGCUCAAAUGGAAUUGAUCCCAGGCGAUCAAAUUGUUAUUACUCUGAACGGAUUCAAUCUCUCCCGUGCUCAAAAUCGUACUUAUCUUAAUGACAAGUUUAAGAUAAUCAUUUCAAACCAGAAGGUUGCUGCUGAAGUUCUUGAAAGCAUUCAAGCUCUCACGGAAGUGAACUUUGUUUUGAGCUCAGAGCUUGAAAUCAGGUUGCCUAUCGUUGGAGUAGAGAGAGAACGCUGUUGCAUGGCAGAUAUGCUCUGCUGCAUCUUGAUUGGAACAGACGCUAGAUACGGCCCAAUGUCUGACUUGCCUGUGUAUUAUCAGCAGCCCGUCGGUUCAUUCAAAGACAGCACCGAAGUAGAAUUCUUCCCACCUAUAAUAGGCAAGUUGGACAGUAUCGCGAUCCGCUUCACGACAAUCAUGGCAAUCUAUACAACAGAGACCAUCACAAUCUCGUUGCCGAGUGUGACAUGUUUAGAUGUCACCUGUAUCUCAGGAGUCGAGAAAACCAGCCAGGCCACUUUUUCAUGGAGUAAUGAUACAUCCGUGUUGACCUUGACCUUGUCGAAAGACAUACCAGAGAAUAGAAAGACCAACAUGAAUCUCCCUGCCAAUUUUGUAUUGCUGCAGACUGGAAAUAAGUGCGAUAACUCAGAGAUUCGAAUCUCCACACAAGCUCGAAAAGGCCAAGUUCUUCAUGAGAGGGUCAAGUCUCCGGGAAUCUUGACAUCGGGUGAACUGCAAAGCACAGCUCUUAGGUAUGGAAAGGCUGAAGCUGGCACCAAUACUGCACUCUACCUGCAGUUUGUUAGCACAGUAACCAUCUACCCAGGCACGAACCUCACCCUCCGACUGCCUCGCUUCUUUUUGACGAAUUCGUCCCAAUACUCCAGCGAUUGGAAAAUACUAGAAGAGGCUAACAGCAACGGAGUCGUGGUGUAUUUGAACGCGCAGAGAAUCAUCUCGGCGUGUGAGUUGGUGGAGGUAACUAUUCCUGAAGGGGUUGGGAUUGUCCUUCCCAUCUAUGGACUCAUAAAGAACUUUCCUGGCCUGACCGUCUCAUCUGAUGCUGUUUCUGGCGCUGCUCUCGAGACUUCCAUAGAAGACUCGCCAGCUUUUGGAGCCUUCUUUGAGGUGCCGACACUUCGAUUUGAGAACAACAGCUCUCCCGUCCGAGCUGGAUCAAUUGCUAACAUUUUCUUGACGUUCAAUCUUGUCGCCACUGUCCCAAUGGGUACAAAGAUUAUCUUGACACUGCCAGACUUUGGUGGAAACGAAUCUAGAGGAAAGACUAGCACUCCUGGAUUGUAUGCCUCUUUGAAUUGGACAAGACCCCAAUUGACAAUUACUCCUAUGGAAGACGUUUUGAACAACACUAGGGUUGAAAUCAUAAUACCACGAAGCAUGGGGAUCUCGCUCCCCGUGAAUGGAGUCCGUAGGAAUGAUGCAAGGUUUGCAAUGUCGAUACUCUCGGAACAAGCUCCGAUCGAUCAUGUGCAGCUGUCAAUCGGUCAGCCUGUGGGAUCAUUCAGAACAAACAACUUGCAACCAAGUUUGUCCUUCAACCCACCGAUAGCUGGAAGAUUGAGCACCAUUACCGUGUCCUUGUUCCCACAGAUGGAGAUGCGUUCAGAAGACAAAAUCACCAUUUUAUUUCCAAUGUUUGGUUACGGUAACCAGGUACAAUUGAGGGUCUCCUCAACGCCAGAAAAUGUUAUUGGCAAAUUCAAUACUUCUACUGCGAUGAUCAAUGGAGAGCAAACGAUUCUACUGGACCUCACAACCUCUAGGACGAUUGCUGCUGAGAGCAAACUCAUCUUGUAUGUUGAGGGAUUGACGAUACCCGACCGAGGAGUCAGAAAAUAUGAUGUUACAAUCCAGAUCGAAACGGAUUCGAAUCAGGGCCCGAUCCCUCCAACUCCAUUUCCAGUCGUCCAACCAGUCGGCGCAUUCAGAACCAAGCAAAUGCUUCUGACUUCAUUCCAAGUUGGAAAACCGACAAGCGUGAUCCUCAUCCUGUCGCCCUGGAUGGAAAUUCAAUUCGGAGAAACAGUCUCGAUUCGCAUGCCGGGCUUCUCCUGCAUUGGCCAAGGACAGAUCGAUCUAACCAUAAUAUCGGAGCGACCGGGAAUGAGGGGGCCGUAUGUGAUAUCUGCGUGGACCUCGUCGAUGAGCACGCUGUCAAUUACAUUCAAGGAACCGAUCAAUGCCAUGGAUGACAUGGUCUUCAGGAUUUCAGGCUCUAAUUGUCUCAUUAUCCCUGAAUUCGGUGUGCCGAGCUUGAGCGGACGUGCUAACCUGUCAAAGAAGUACGAUGUCAGCAUGCCAACCAACAUCUCUGACCUCAUGACAAUCAGUACCGAGGCGAGCUUCGGACCCGUGCUUCCAACGAUCCUACAGGACGUUCUGUCUCCCGUUGGCUUCUUCAAGAUGACAAGAAUUCUGUUCAACGAAGGACUUCCUAUCAGGGCGGGACAACCUUCCUCGAUCGCGUUCGAGUACAUUCCUGGAAUGUGGUUGUUCCCAACUGACAACUUGCGUGCGAACAUCAGUGCUACUUGGAGCAGCAACGAUUUCACUCUGACGAUGAGAGUGCCGGGCAUAGUCGAGGCUGGGACGACAGUCAGAAUCUCUAUGCCGCUCAGUGUUGGAGGUGUCAAUCCGGACGUUGGAAUCAGACUCAAUGACCCUAACUUUCAGAUUUCUGCGAAUGCUGUUGACGGGAAGGUCUCAUCUUUUGUUGUCGGCAGUGUGCAACCUGUGGGUUCAUUCUUAAACACUGCAAGACUAGGCUACUUGUAUGAGAGUGUCAACCAAGGCAAAGCAAACGCGGUCAACGCUUUACUCUUGUCUUUCACGCCAUACAUGAACAUCCUCAAGAGCGAGAAUGUGUUCUUGCAGCUGCCUGGCUUUUACGCUGCGGAUGUAGAUAACUUUCCAUUGCAGUCUCACAAUCUUGACACAGGACGAUUGUUUGCGUCCUGGAUGCAAGUAACCCAAACGCUCACCAUCUCCUUUCAUCAGGAUGUGCCGGCAAACUUCACAGUUAUCAUCUUGAUCCCUACGAACAUGGAAAUCCGUCUGCCACCUGCGGGAUUGACCUUGAACCAGAAGUCGCUGAUGAUUGGGUCCAAUGCAAGACUCGGCCCCGUCCCCUUGACUUCAAUCCCCAGCUCAGCUGCUGUAGGAAGUUUUGCUUACUCAAAGAUUUCCAUCACGCUUGAUUGCAAUCAGAACUUGUUGGCCGAUAUCAAUGUAAGUUUUGCCAUGAGAAAUGAGAUCCGAAAGUACGAGCUGGUCACCAUCAGAUUGCCACAUUUCUCAUGGGAUAAAAAUUCCUCCUUUGUGCCUGUCGCGAACGGUGGACUUGGACCCAUUGCAACAGUACAAAUUUCACAGACAAGUGAUAAUGUUGACAUUGUGCUUGCUUUCACGGCGAACAUACAAAGCGACGUUCAUUUGUUGCUUCCAAAACAAGCUGGAAUUUCGAUUCCGAUCGGAGGAGUCGAUAAGAAUGAUCAGAGUCUGACAAUCUCAUCCAAUGCAGCGUCGGGACCUGUUCUUCCAACUUCAUUCCAAGAAGUCACGCCAGUGGCCGCUCAGAUCAAUGCGAUCGUAAGUUGGAAGCGAAGCUGCCCCGGAGACGAUCUGAUUAUGAACUUGACUUUGAGUGUCGGUUAUGGACUCAUUGCUGGUGAUGUCAUCAUCUUGAAGUUGGGCACGAAGUCAGACUCACCGAAUGUGCUAGAAGAGCAAUUCGAAUCGAGAGAUCUGCAGUCCAUCCUCUGGGAGGGAUCAACAGGAACUCUUCGACUCACCGUUGGCAAAACCAUUUCCAAAUCGUCUUGGAUAAGUACAGGCUCUCUGCCGUUCCUCCUCAAACCCUCCGACUUGGGCAAUGCCACCAACGGGACUCUCAGCCUGUCAAUCGCCUCAGCAGAGGGAUCAGUCUGCCCCAUCGAGGGACGGGCUUGGCAGAUACCAGCGGAGUGUCCUAAAGUAUCAGCAGCUCAGAUGGUCCCCUCGGUGUCGUUCACGUUGGAUACGCCGGUAGCCGGCCUGACGUCAAACUUCUCCGUCCGGUUUCAGUUAGCUUUCAAUCUUAGCGCGGGCUCGAAGAUCAUGCUGAACUUGAAGUCGCCGUCUCUUAGCGACCAACGGCAGCCGUACACGCCAACAUGCACGAGUGAACAACUUCCGUGUGUGUUGAGCCCCAUAACAUUUGUAAGUUCCACCGAGUUGUACUUCAUGAACAGCCUACAAUUAGAACCCGAGGUCGACUAUCUGAUUCACUUCCAACAGUCUCCAGUUCUCAUCCCUGCGGAGGGAUUGUAUACCAACUCGACUUCGGUUUCCAUCAGGUUCGAGGGCAACGAGUUCUCGUACCAGGUGGACAUCAAGCCCAUCUCGCCCAUCGGAAGAUUCUUGUCUAGCAACCUCUCAACGAGCCCAAGAAUUCCAAGCUCGAAUGCAGCCAUCAUGCUUUCCUUCAUUUAUGAUCGAAGCUUGCAGAAAGGGGAUGCUGUUGAAUUCUUACUGCCAGGUUUUGUUGGGAAGACUCAAACAAUUCAGAAUGGCCAAUCAGCCAUCGUUGACAGCUACUGGAGCGAUGAGACGAAGGUGCUGUCUGCCGUGUUCAAACAAGGUUGGUCAGCAAAGGCUGUCUUCACCCUCGAAGUCCUCGCUGCCAACGGACUCAUCACCCCGGCGCAGGGCUUGCCUCAGAAUGAUAAGAACCUUCUAGUGAGUACCAAUGCGUCGGAGGGGCCAGUGAGAUGGACUCCAAUCCUCCAUGCCGAAGCGAUCUUGGCCUACAAGUGUCAGCGUGUUGCUCUUCAAGUUCCUGGCGGAUACUGCCAGGGCGACUACUCGCUGCGAGUUUGUGCGACAAACACCCUGCAGGCGCAAGCGUACGCGAACAUGGUGAUAAGCGAACAGCUCUCGACGACAACUGCAGCUUCUUGCAAUCGGACUGGUCAGUCACUUUGUGCAACCUUUCCUGGAGGUAAAUUCACUGGAGUGAGCAAGGACGCUUGUUGCCAGAUACUGGGCGUUGAGAUGUUCUCUACAUGUGAGACGGACAGUAACUGCAGAAUAGACACUUCUUAUGGAACUUUGCAGAACCUGCAGAUCCCCAAGACUUCUUCUACCUGCUGCAACUACUGCAACGACGUAUUGGCUGGAACGUCGAGCCACAGGCUGUGCGUUGCCGAUCAAGCGUACGUGGCAGAGAGCUGCAGCUCCUCGCUUCCAAGAAUCACUCCGUUCCAACAAAGCGCCACCUGCUCCACCUCAGCUUGCUCAGGAUACUCGCUGGGCUUUGUUGAGAGCGUGAUUGACCCGACGGCGGGCGGGCAGGUAUUGACGGCAGACAACAUCGGUAUGUCUGUGCCCCCCAAUGUCUGGCCUCCAGAUGCUGGCCCAGCGUCCGUCACUCUGAUCACUGAAACUUCCCCUGCUUCCCCGGGACAAAUCGCCGCUGGUCCGGCCGUCUUCUUCGGGCCGACGGGCCUCAAGUUCCCGGAGCCCGGGGUGAACUUGUCGCUGCCGAUCAACCUCCAGUCGCUUCCUGCGGGAACCUCGCUCGCUAACCUGAGAGUCUUCAAGUUGGUGAACGGAACCUGGACGUUGCAUCCCUUCGGACUGGCCGGGAGCCUCGAGACUGGGGUGCUCUCAGUGAAAACUCUCAGUUUCUCUCAGUACCAGAUCCAAGUGGUGCAGGCGGUAGUCGGACCGCAGACCACCGAGAGCGCGACGCAGACAACAAGUGGACAGGAGUCCAGCACAACGCCAAGUGUGCAGGUGACCAACGGUGUCGUGUUCACCACCCCCGUUCAACCAGCCGCCAAGAGCUCGUUCUUCACUGUGUUGAACAUUUCGCUGCUCGUCGGCAUCAUCGGCGGAGUUCUCCUGGUCUUGGUCUGCUGCCUUGCAAGGCGUGUGUGGCUCAAGUCGAGAUCUUUGAAGAGAGCAGGACUCCAUGAGACCCUGCUGGACUCGCACAGCACCACCAGCUCCGAAGGCUCGACCCCACCAGCCAAGCCGACAGAGCAGGUGGAGAAAGAGAAGGAGCCGGCCAAGGUUUCGAAAGAAACCAAGAAGCCAGAAGUGCCUGUGGAGGUGAAGAAGCAGGACAUGUCGUUCUUGAGACCAGCAUUGCAAGAGAUACAGUCCACGGUGCAGGUCCAGUCUUCGCUCGUGAUGGGUGAUGGCACAAUUCCACCCUCCAUCUCGGACUCUCUGGACAUUGAAGAAAGGUUGAACCAGAAGUUUUCGUUGUAUCCAGACAUCAAUGCCCGGAUACAAGCAGAGGCUGACUUGGUCAUCAUAGACGACAGUCCGCCUCCUUCCCCCGUUGCCAGCGUGACCAAGAAACGCCCGACAUUGAACGAAGAGACUUUGAUGUCGCAAGACGACAUAAUGGGCGAGGCAAAGAAGCGCCCGACUCUCAACGAAGAUACUUUAACUUCACAAGAUCAGAUCAUGUGA